CCCGGAGGCAGCGGGCCGCGCCGGAAGCGCCGGCGUGUGGCGGCGCCACUCUGGGCCGCGCUCCCCCCGCGGCUCUGUGGUAGCGGCCCCUGAGGCGGAAGAGCCGGGGCGGCGGGAAACGAAUUUCAAGCCAGCAGAGUCACAAAACGGCGGCGGCGAGUUGCUCUGGAUGGAAAAUAAGGGAAAUAAAAGGACUGAGCUGCUCGAUUCCUCCUCCCCCAACUCCCAACUUGCGAGUGACGAUGACCAACCUCCCGCCCUCGACGGGGGACGACAACUGCUAUUACAUCCUGACGGAGGAUUGCGCCUACGGCAGCAAGUAUUUUCAAGCCGGGAACAUGUGUUUCUGCAGCGAGAGGAGUUACCUGCGCAACUUCCCCGAUGAUGGGCCCCCGGCUUGCUUCUUAAAAGUCAUCAUGCUGGAUGACGGCUCCACCAUCACGAUCAACGUGGAAAUCCUGCAGCCCGUGCGUGAGGAGGCGGUGGUUUUCCUCCUGGCCGUCGGGAGCCACGACGAGCGCUUGAAUUAUUUCUUGGAGAGGCUGAAUCUCGAGGCGGCUCUGCGUGCCGCACCGGGCCAAAAGGUGAUGGUGGAGGUCGACCGGCAGCAUUUCCCCGGCAUCAUCCGCUACAUUGGAAGCGUUUACAAAAACACCGCGGCCAGCUUGUCUCCGUUCUUCUUUGGGGUGGAGUUACAGGGCGAGGGUGAAAACAGAGGGCACAGCGAUGGGUCUCAUCAUGGCGUUGAGUAUUUCAAGUGUAAGCGGAACUGCGGGGUCUUCCUGCCGUUUAGCAGAGUCCAGUUUAGUCUGGUGCCGGACGAUGGUUUCAUGAAACAGAAGCUGAAAGUGGAUGUGGAGGAGGAGGUUCCCGUGAAAGUGGGAGAUGCAGUUAGUUUCUAUGUUGACGACGUCCUCACAAAAGGAAUCGCGAUGGCCGUUUACAGGGAGGGAACCCAAUGGUUUGUUAAAGUUUGUCCGGAAGAAGAAGGAACAACCGACAUUUUCAGAGAAAUCCCGAUGGACUCUGUUGUGAAGGAAAGCUUGCAAAGUUUAUUUUCACCGUUCGAGUCCGACAUGGGCUUGGGACACCCGAACCAAAUGAAACGAGAUAUAAGCGAGAGCGGCAAGGAGUGUGAGAGCGGAAAUUCAUCCCUGGAGGUGAACUCCAUGGUCCAGAUCACCUUGGACAAGGGAAAUCAGGUGUCAGGAAUCAUCCGCUGGUUGGGCUACCUGCCCCAAAUCCCACACAAAAUGGCAGGAGUCGAACUGGAUGAAGAUAAAGGGGUCACUGCUGGCGAGUGGCUGGGCAAGUAUUAUUUCCACUGCGCUCCGAAGCGCGGCCUCUUCGUGAAGCUGCAGUCCUGCCAGCCCGACGUUCGCUUCCAGUGCUCGCGCCAGAGCGAGCCGAGCCUCGUGGAUUACGGAGGGCAAGAAGUUCUUCCGCAGGUUCCAGACAGUUUCCCUCCCCCCAGGAACGAGGCAGCAGUGCGUGUUCUGCAAGGACGGAUGAAGGGGAUCCAAGGCCACUGCAAUUCCUGCUAUAUGGACGCAACUCUCUUCAGCCUCUUCUCCUGUACGUCCGUGCUGGACUCCAUGCUCUUCAAACCCUUCCCGCUGCGCGACAGAAAUGUCCAGAGCAUCCUGCGCGAUGAGAUCGUUAAUCCCCUCCGAAAGACUGGCUUCGUCAGGGCGAGAAGCGUGAUGCACCUUAGGGAGCAGCUAACAGACAAGGGCCAGUGUUCCAGCUUUACCAACGCUGAGAAAGAUCCUGAGGAGUUCCUCAACCUUAUCAUGCACCAGAUCCUGGGAAUAGAGCCGCUCUUGAGACUGCAGUCCGGAGGCCAGAAGGAGCAGGACUGUUACUGUUACCAGAUAUUUAUGGACAAACAGGACGAUCUGGUGGUUCCCGACGUGCAGCAGUUGGUGGAACGCUCCUUCCUCUCCUCCGAUCUGAAGCUAGUGGAGAUCCCGUCUUGCUUCAUCAUCCAAAUGCCGCGUUUUGGGAAGGAAUAUAAAAUGUUCAGCAAAAUCAUUCCUUCCUUGGAGCUGGAUAUCACAGAUCUGCUGCUUGACAGUCCCAGGGAGUGCUGCCUGUGUGGCAACGUUGCCACCCUGGAGUGUUUGGAGUGUUUCAAAGACAAAGUGUUUGCAGCUAAGGGCUUGAAGCAGUUCUGCAGCUCCUGCUCCACACAGGUUCACUCCCACUACCAGCGUAAAACGCACAAGCCAACUAAGCUGCACGUCCCAGAAGAAUUUCACAGCCGGAACCCCCGGGGCAGCCAUCAGGUCCCUCGUGAGAAGAUGGAGCUCUUCGCAGUGCUCUGCAUUGAGACAAGUCAUUACGUCUCCUUCGUGAAAUACGGCCCAGAGAACGAACACUGGAUGUUCUUCGACAGCAUGGCUGACAGGCACGGUGAUGAAAACGGUUUCAACAUCCCCACAGUAACACUGUGCCCUGAAGUUGCCAAAUAUCUGGACUCGCCGCUGGCUGUGCUGGCCCUGGAGCAACCGCGGGACAUGGACGGGGUGGCCAAGCGCCUCUUCUGCGACGCCUACAUGUACAUGUACCAGAGCAAGAAGAUGGCGCUUUACAAAUGACGCCGACACCCGCAGAGCAGCCAGAUGGCAGAAAUAUCACCUCGGAUCAAGCAUCAUUGGCAAAAGCAGCCGGAGUCUGAGUGCACCGAGCUUGUGCUUCUGCCUCUUCUUACCUCUUUGAGCGUCUGGUUAUCAUCAAACUAUCCGCAUCGGCCUCUCUGGCUUUGUUAAAUCCUGUACCUGGCCUUAUUGAGCGAUAGUUUGUACUUCUGCAGACCUGGACUCUGAAUUAUUUACACUCAAAAUUCGUUCUCAUUUCCUACUUUUCCCUUUCCGCCCUCCUUCUCUGCUCUACCUCAGAGUCCUCCCCAACAUCCUUUUUUCCCUGCCAACCCUUCCAAAGCUGAGGACCAGCAGCUGAUCAAAAACAUGAGCGGUUUUCCUCAUGUUUGCAAAGAGGACAAGAAAACCACGUCAGAUAUCAUCGCAUGGACUUGUGGAGUGAGAAAACGAGGUGUGAGCUGCACCCAUGGGGUUAAGAGAUGGGUUAGGACCAUGUUUUUUCUUGGUCUCGGUCUGGGUUCCAUCCCUGACCCAGCACUAAUACUGUGGCACUUUUACCCACCAUCCCUCAUUUUCAACCAUGCGAUGAAUUGGAUGUUUUAAGCUGCAACUAUGCUUUAAAAAUACAUAUUUUUAUAAGAACCAAACUGGAAAAAAGAUGGAGCAGAGGAACAGCAUAUGAGCUCAUUACACUCUCCUCUUUUUUCUGGCAAAUUCUCCACUAUUGCUACACAAUUGUGUUUUAACCUCGGUUUUAGCGUCCCAUCUUGCAUCCGCUUCUGACAUCAGCGCCAAAGAUGGGUAACAGAAUUCUAAUGGAAAAAAAAUGAUCACUUUUAGAUUUUAUGCCGUGACUGCAGUCAGGUUUAGGGUCUCUGUGCAGAAACUGGUAUUUAUUAAGUUAAAUAAUGUAAAUUUGCAAACUGGUGGGGGGUUCUCUGCAGUUAAUCACAGUGGGAUGCUGUUAUGAGAGUCACUGCUAUCAACUGGGUUGCCCAAAUACCUUGAGGGACACAUCCAGAUGUGCCACUAUAAUCUCCCUCCUGCUCUUUUUUCCCUAUUUAAUACAAGGUGGGGUAAUUUUAAUACUCAGCCCGUAGCUUCAUAUCACUCCUGUUGGCUUGGGCCACAUGUUACACGUGGUUUAAGAUGUUUUUUUGCUGACAGCAGGGUUGGGAUUCAAGGAAAACAUCCAAAUUUGGGUUUCAACAGCAAGUUGACCACGAGGCAGCAACAUGUCCUGGUGGUAGGGAAGACAAACAAUGUCCUGGGCUGGGUUUAAAGUGGUGGCAGGAGGGGAUCAACACUGGUAAGGUCACACCUGAAGAACUGGAUCCAGUUUGGAGCUCCUCAGUACAAAAGAGAUGAAGAAAGUCCAACAAAGGACCAUGAAGAUGAUGAAGGAGCUGGAGCAUCUCUCGUAUGAGGAAAAGCUGAGGAGUCUCCAGCCUGGAGAGAAGGCUCAGGAGGAUCUAGAAAUAACUCAAGGGAAAGUGCAAAGAAGACAUCCAGACCUGGGCACAAACCGAAACCCAGGAGGUUCCUUCUGAACAUCAAGAAGAAACGUCCUCACCAUGAGGGUGACAAGCCCUGGCACAAAUUACCCAGAGAGGUGAUGGAGUCUCCACCCUUGGAGAGCCUCAAAAAUGGACAAAGAACCAACGGUUGAAAAGUUGGGCGAGAGGGAGAUGUAGCGACAGAUUUACCCCGCGAACGAAUGGACUUUGAGCUCUGCCCAAUCCCCUGUGGCCGCAGAAGGUGCUGCUGUCUCCUCGUGUUUCCUCAUCUACUUAAAAAGUUCUUCAUUCCUUCUCAGAACUCAGGACAAUCUCUACUCAGGUACGCUGUGGGGAUUGGGCUCGUCUGGUUAUUAUGCUCUCAAUUAUAUAUAUAUAUUUUUAAUUAACAAACCGCUCUUGGUUUUCCUGGAGUUUUUUCCUCUCUUAAAAUGCCAAGUGUGAUGUAGCACCUGGAGCUGGAGCAUCACAACCAGGAGCUCCAGCCUGUUGUUAAAAUAAUGACCAUCAGGCCUUGUUGGUCCUGGGAGGCUCAAUUCCUGCUCUGUAUAUUUUACAAGCUUGGGGGAAAGGAUUUAUUUUCUCCCUGUAACGAAUUUGGGCCAGAUUUGAGAAAACAGCCACAUCUCAGAACUUUAUUCAGCCCUAAACCAUGAAGUGAAGGAUGUUGAAUUAAAUGCUGAAGCUGAA